AUGUUUCUUAAUUCAAAUGUUCAAAGUCGUGUUAGACACUAUGAUCUUCUAUUAACACGUGAAUUAUCAUUUAUUAAACGUGAACAUAUACAAAAUUUAAUAACAUAUCAAAAAUUAGAAAAUUCAAUACGUCGAGAUAAUGAACAAAUAUCAAAUAAUAAUCGAACUAAAAUAUCUAUUCCAUUUAAUAAUAUUUAUAAUGAACGAACAGAAUCAAUUGAUUAUCAUAAAGUAUGUAAUAUUGGAAAUAAUACUACUACUACUAAUAAUAAUAAUAAUUCAAAUCAAAAACGUCGUUUAUCAAGUAGUACUAGUAGUAAUAUGAGUCAAAAUCAAAUGGAUGAUUUUGAUGAUGAUACAUCAUCAUAUAUGUCAAUGAGACAUCGACGAUAUUCUACAAAAAGUCAACGUUUACCUCCAAUGGUCAAAGCUACUAUAUCAAUUGGACAAAAACGUAAAAGUAAAACACAACAUUGGAUGACAAAUUUUCAAGAAACAAAACGAUCCAAAGAAAAUUCCAAUGAACCAUUUACAAUAUUAGUUGAAGAAAUAUCAAGUCCUAAUCUACCAGAACCAACACCUCUACAAAGACAAGUUUGUUCAUUUCUUGAUACUUUACCAAAAUACAAAGGUAUUCAAAAUGGUUUCGAUAGUUUUGCACCUGCAUCACUCUAUUCUAAUCGUACACCAAUUGCUAUACGAUAA